UCUCGCUCUGUGUGUGUGUGUGAAGCCAUUAGCCAUGAGUGGCUUUGGUGAGAAGGUGAACUUCCAAACUCCAAGAAGCUUUCUCACAGCAUUCAAAUCCGAUCUGAAAGAGACGUUCUUCCCCGACGAUCCAUUCCGGCAAUUCAAGAAUGAAUCAGAGCCGCUAGGUCUGACGAAGAAGGCGUUCCAAUACUUCAUUCCUGUCUUCGAAUGGCUUCCCAAUUACAAUUUCCGCCUCUUCCGCUACGACCUCCUUGCCGGAAUCACCAUUGCCAGUCUUGCUAUCCCUCAAGGGAUUAGUUACGCUAAACUCGCUAACAUUCCUCCUAUUAUCGGCCUCUAUUCGAGCUUCGUGCCUCCUCUGAUUUACGCCGUUUUCGGUAGUUCAAGGGAUCUCGCCGUGGGGACUGUUGCUGCUUCAUCAUUGCUCCUCGCUUCAAAUGUUGGAGAACUAGUAUCCGCCACGGACGACCCUGCAUUGUAUCUUGGAUUGAUUUUUACCUGUGCUUUCUUCACCGGGAUUUUUCAAUUGGCUUUAGGAAUUUUCAGAUUAGGAAUUUUGGUAGAUUUCUUGUCUCAUUCAACCAUUAUUGGAUUUAUGGGAGGAACUGCAAUCAUCAUUAUUCUGCAACAAUUAAAAGGGAUAUUUGGUUUGACGCAUUUCACGUCCAAAACCGAUUUAAUCUCUGUUAUGAUAUCAGUCUUCACCCAAAUAAAGGAGUGGAAAUGGGAAAGUGCAGUUGUAGGAACAUGCUUUCUUUUAUUUAUCCUCUUCACCAAACACCUGGUGAAGAAGAAACCAAAGCUAUUUUGGGUAUCAGCAGUAGCUCCAAUGGUGACCAUAAUAGUGGGCUGUGUUUUCGCUUAUUUAGUUCAUGGAGAGAAGCAUGGUAUUCAAACAGUGGGUCACUUGACUAAAGGAUUAAAUCCUCCAUCUCUUAAAAAAUUAAACUUUAAUUCUCAGUAUCUUGCUGUAACUGUAAAAUCUGGGAUUAUCACAGGCAUCUUGGCAUUAGCUGAAGGUAUAGCUAUAGGGAGGAGUUUUGCUGUAAUGAAAAACUACCAAACAGAUGGGAAUAAGGAGAUGAUAGCUUUUGGGAUUAUGAACAUUGUUGGUUCCCUCACUUCAUGCUACUUAACCACAGGGCCAUUUUCGAAAUCUGCAGUUAAUUACAAUGCAGGAUGUAAGACACAAAUGUCAAAUGUAGUAAUGUCUCUGUGUAUGAUGCUUACUCUAUUAGUCUUGGCUCCUCUCUUUAGCUACACCCCUCUUGUUGCUCUCUCUGCUAUUAUCAUGUCUGCAAUGUUUGGUCUCAUCAAGUACAAAACCGCUUAUCACCUUUUCAAGGUCGACAAAUUUGAUUUUUGCAUUUGUAUGGCUGCUUUCUUGGGUGUCGUCUUCAUUAGCAUGGACGUCGGCCUCAUGGUAUCAGUAGGACUUUCAAUAAUUAGAGCACUCCUAUAUGUAGCUAGGCCUGGUACUGCUAAGCUUGGGAAUAUUCCGAGAUCGAUGACGAUCUUUCGUGAUAUAGAGCAGUACCCUAGUGCAACUGAUGUCCCUGGUACUCUUAUUCUGCAACUGGGAUCUCCUAUUUACUUUGCUAAUUCUUCUUACAUUAAAGAAAAGAUUACAAGGUGGAUUGAAGAUGAACUCGACGAAAAAAACUCGAAAGGACACCAUGAUCUUCAGCAUCUUAUACUAGAUUUUGGAGGAGUUACAUCUAUUGACAUGACUGGGAUUGAAAUGUUAUUUGAAGUGCAAAAGGACAUUUCAAGGAGAGGAAUUAAGGUGGCACUAGUAAACCCUAGGGUAGCAGUGUUGGAGAAGUUGAUGAUAUCAAAAUUUAUUGAGAAAAUUGGGAAGGAAUCUGUGUCCUUAUCAAUUGAAGAGGCAAUCGAGGCAUCCCAUUUUAUGCUUAAUGAGUCAAAGAUUCCCUCAACUAGUGUGGAGAGCGAUACUUAUGUAACUGAUGAUAAUGAUCUAUAG